UCUCUGACCUUAGAAGUUUCUCUUGAGGUGUAAGGGCUACUAGAGGGGAGGGGUCUGGCCGGGAGAUUGUAUACAGUGGUCCCCAUGGAGGUAUCUACAGAAGAGGUAUAGUAGCAGGUGAGAGUCCUUGGAGACAAGACGUCAGAAUGGACCUCUGCAGCUCUGGCUCCCACAUCUGGAAGAGCCCUGUGAGGUCUCUGGAUUCCACCCUGGUUACCAGCUUCCUGCUGACUGCAGAGAAAGAGCUACUGAGAUUGAAGCAGCUGCCAGAUCCUGCAGAUCUUGUGGUCCUCUGCUCCAGCUAACCGGAAAGGGCUGGUUUUCAAGAGUGUCCCAGCCAUGUAGAAACGUCUGUAGGGGCAGGAAUAUCAUGUAUGUUUCCAUGUGAGAAUGUGGGAGUGAUCAGUGUAUAUGCCUGGGCCGUGGAAAGUCAGCUUGUGUGUGUGUGUGUGUGUGUGUGUCCUGUACUGUGGGCACAGGGCAUGCACAUCAGAGCUGAAUGUCAAGUCUGUACACAGAAGGCAUGUUACACACGUGUGUAAGGUCUGUAAUGCCUAUGUGGGCAGUCAUUGUGAGUCAGGUACAAUUUUUGGUUUGUAUUUUUGUGUUUGCAUGUGUAUACCUGAAUGUAUGCUCAGCACAGGUGCAUUGCAUGUGUGUAGGCACAGGAACAUUGUGUGUGUAUGUGUGCUAUGUGGGUACAGACAUGUGCUCUGUGCUGCAUGUGUAUGGCUGUGUGUGACAUGUGUCCUGUGUACAACUGUGUGUUGUAUGUGAGUAGCAUCUGUGGAGGCAAUGCUUCUCUUUAAGCCCUGCCUUGUCCUGAUGCUCUUGUCCCUGUCCUGGGCCAGUAGUGCUGUGGGACUGUACAUCAGGUUGAACAGAAGUAGAUAAGCACCUGGCCCUGGGUGAGAUGAUCAUCUGCCUGUUCCAGGUCAUCUUAGGGUUUAUACCAUGGGGAGCUUUGCAUUUGUCUACAUGCCAAUCACCCUGAUGGGGAACAAGUGUUGAGGUGUGUGGGUAUGUAGGGCUGAGUAUAGUGUAUGGUGUAGUAUGUGUGUUUCUGUUGGAUAUGUUGUAUAUUAUAUACUGUGUGUGUAUGUUAAAUGUGUUAUAUAUUAUAAGGUGUAUGUUUGUGUCUGUUGAGUGUGUUGUAUCUGGUGUUCUAUGUAUAUGUAGUGUGGAGUUUGCACUGUGUGUCACAUGUGGCAUGUAUGUGUAUGUGCGUUCCAAGCUGAACGCUCAUUUUGUUCCUGGGUUGGUGGCUGCCCUCCCUGGAUCCCAGCACAACUCCUUCGUAGUCAUCCCUGGGAGCUGGUACUCCAUUGUUCUCAGAACUCACACUCACUUCCUGUACUUGGCUCCUCUGAGUCUCUCUGCCCUCAGCCUCAGACACUUGCAUUCCUGCAGGCAAAUGAAGACCCAGAGUCCGUGAGGCUCAAGGGCUGGCACUGCUGCUCUGGCUGCUCAGGCUCGGCAGCCGAGCUCCCCCACACUCAGUCACAGGCUGGAACACAUCGUGCAUUUUGGAAUGUUAUAGGACUGCAGCAGCAGCUGCAUCCCAAGAUAAUUCUCCACAUGGUGGCAGAACCAUCCAUCCCCCUAUGCUGACGGCUGCUGUAUUUCCACUUCCAGCCCUGACUCUAGAAUUUUCCUUGAUGCCUCCCCAUUCUGCACCCCAGUGAGGGUCCAUAGGGCCUUAACCAUGGCCUCUCAAGCAUGCAUCCACCUGACCCACAUCGACUCCUUUCUUGGUCUUUCCAUCUGAGCCUGUCCCAGCGUUUCCUCACUCCCUACAGAUGGCCCUGAUGCUGUCUAAUGCCCCGCCCAGCAUCUCCUCACUCCCUACAGAUGGCCCUGAUGCUGUCUAAUGCCACAUCCCAGCAUCUCCUCCUCCCUACAGACUGCCCUGAUGCUAUCUAAUGCCCCAUCCCAGCAUCUUCUCACUCCCCACAGAUGGCCCUGAUGCUGUCUAAUGCCCUGUCAUGCCAUCUCCUGAGAGAGACACUGAUUUGUCCUUAUCCCCUCCCCAGCUACUGCCUGGCUGAGCCCUGAUCUGUCUCACCUGACUGUCAACCUGGGCCCCUCACCUCUACCUGUGCCUCUACUGACUUCCCUGGGAUCUGUGGGUCCCCUGAAGCCCUUUUAAGGCUGCAUAUUAGAGCAUGUUGCUCCUUUGCUUAAAACCAUUGGCAACUCCUGUGGCAAAAGACCCCCAGGCCUGUGAGACUCCCAGAGCUGUAACUGGCCCCUUUCCCUGCUUACUCACUCAGCAGGGGUCACCCAGUAUCUAUCCUGGAGCCAUAAUGUAAUGUGUCCAACACCCUUCCCUGGAAGGAAGCUGCUGUCACUACCCACUAGACUGAUGGGAAAACUGAGACUUAGAUUUUCACAAUAGUAUUUUUAAAGGGGGCUGGAAAAAUGGCUCAGCAGUUAAGAGCACUGGCUGUUCUUCCAGAGGACCCAGGUUCAAUUCCCAGUACCCAUACGACAGCUUACAACUGUCUGUAACUCCAGUCCAGGGGAUCUGAUGCCCUCUUAUAGCUUCUAGAGGUAUUAGGUACAUGGCCAUACAUUCAGGCAAAACACCAUGCACAUCGAAAAAUAAAAAGGAAAAAAUUAAAUAAUAUUGAAGAACAGACACAGAGUGCUUAUCAAGGUGAAGGCCAGGGACAUUUUAGGCUUCACUGUUUCUAUGCUCCUAGCAUCCCUGAGAAGCAGGUGUCCAUCCUUUCCGUCCACGGGUGGGUGUGCUGAGGCGCAGGGAUGCUGUAGACUCAGCAGCUGAGCCCUCAGUUUUCUCGGUAGAGAGCUUGGCAACAUAUAAGGUCCCCUCCACCUUCCACAGUGGGCUGUUUCCUGCAUCCACACAGGAAAGGAAGCUUCAUGGUGGCACCACUCACUGUUAUUGGUGGGAAUGGCAGAAUACCAUGCACACUCCACGACCUGCCCCAGGGCAGUAUCCAUGCUACACAGCACCAGGUCUCUGAAUGCAGUGUCCUGGGCCUGCAGGGCAUCACAGAAAACACCGGCAAGAUGGACGGCCCCAGCAAUGUCUCACUGGUUCAUGGUGAUACCACUCUGGGCCUGCCAGAGUACAAGGUGGUCUCAGUCUUCCUAGUGCUCCUGGUGUGCACCACAGGCAUUGUAGGCAAUGCCAUGGUGGUCCUGGUGGUGCUGACCUCACGAGACAUGCACACGCCCACCAACUGCUACCUGGUCAGCUUAGCUCUAGCUGACUUAAUUGUGCUGGUGGCCGCGGGGCUGCCCAAUGUCUCUGACAGCCUGGUGGGGCACUGGAUCUAUGGACAUGCUGGCUGCUUGGGUAUCACCUACUUCCAGUAUCUAGGCAUCAAUGUCUCCUCCUGCUCCAUCCUGGCAUUUACUGUGGAGAGGUACAUCGCCAUUUGCCACCCAAUGAAAGCACAGACUGUGUGCACUGUGGCCCGGGCUAAACGGAUCAUCGCAGGCAUUUGGGGGGUCACAUCCCUCUAUUGCCUACUCUGGUUCUUCUUGGUGGACCUCAAUGUCCAUGACAAUCAGCGCCUGGAAUGUGGCUACAAGGUGUCCCGAGGCCUCUACCUGCCCAUCUACCUGCUGGACUUCACCAUCUUCUUCAUCGCGCCCUUGCUGGUGACCAUGGUGCUCUAUGGGUUCAUCGGAAGGAUUUUAUUUCAGAGCCCAUUGUCUCAGGAGACCUGGCAGAAGGCGAGACAACCCAGCGGGCAGGGUGAGGGUGCACCAGGCAGCUGCUCUAGGUCCAAGGGCUCUAUGUCCUCCAGGAAGCAGGCCACCAGGAUGCUGGCGGUGGUAGUGUUGCUUUUCGCAGUGCUGUGGACCCCCUACCGCACACUGGUGUUGCUCAACUCUUUCCUGGCCCAGCCUUUCCUGGACCCCUGGGUCCUGCUGUUCUGCCGCACCUGUGUCUACACCAACAGUGCCAUCAACCCUGUCAUCUACAGCCUUAUGUCCCAGAAGUUCCGGGCAGCCUUCCUGAAGCUGUGCUGGUGCGAGGCAGCCAGGCCACAGAGGCAUGCAGCAUGCGCCACCGCCAGCAGCCACAGUGCUGUCCAGGAGACCCCAGCGGGAACUGAGAAGCUGCAGCUGGGCUCCAGUGAGGCCUCAGGUCCCACAGCAGCCGGGUCCCUGCAUCGCCAGCAAGAGCCCCGCUUCAGUGUGCUCUGAGGAGCCCUGCCUGGCCCCUGACCCCACUCCCUGUGUUGACUUGCUCGCUGGUCUGGUUGAUACCUGCUCUGAGCGCUGGUGGAUUGCCAGGAGAGGGACAGACAGCUCAUUGCUUAUGGGUCACCAGAGGUCCCUUUACCAUGAAGGAGGACACGGGAAUGUUCUCAGCUGGAUCCUGUGUGGGUAGUUCUCUACUCUGAAGUGAUGCCGGUGGGGACAGAGAGGAAGCUGGAGGCCCAGUCUUCACCCCCCCCCACACACCCCGCAUGAUCAAAACCUUUCAUCUGUUCCCACUCAUUACUUUGAGCAUCUUUUUUUUUGGGGGGGAGUGGGUUCUUAUUGAAGGACUGUGCUUCCAGGUUUUGAUCACAUCUGUCCCUUGGUGAACCCGUACACACAGGUUUCAAAUGUGGUCAUUGGACAGCGGGGGUUACCUAGAAUGGGCGUCCAGCCAGUCCCACUGGUACCAGGACUGCUCCAUGAGGUUCACCACUGGCCCCAGCGCCCCUUCCAGUCUUCCAUUACGGUGGGCAGCCCUGUAAGAGAGUCCACCAAGCAAGCUCACCUACUGCAGAUGGUCUUGAAGGAGACCAUUUGUCUUCCCAACCAGCACCAAGAAGCUGCCUCAACCUCCUUGGCCCCAAAGGUGCACGCCUGGCCCUCUGGACCCCCUGUGCCAGUGACUGUCCUGCGUGCUGUCUUUACUUGGAGGCACGCUGCAGACUCAAGAGAUGUCAGGAAAAGCUGCUUCUGGGAGUCAGCCCCAUCACUGCCUGCAGGACUACUGGCUGAGCCUGAGGACAGCAGGCCUCCGUGUCUCAUACUGUAAAUGGGGUCAGUGACCCUACCUUGGUCCUGGGACCUCAAAGCUGAGGGACACUGUAGCGAACAUGUUUCAACAAGCAGGCGUGGGCCACUCGGGAACUGGAGACCUCAGGAAGGCAGGAAUUGGGGGAUGCUUGCAUGUGUGUGGGGGCGGGGGGGGGCAGUGGUAGUUGGACCAGGUGAUUCAGCCGACUCACACAGCUUCUGCCUUUCCGGCUGGAUGUGGUCCUAGUGACUCAUCCCUGCUCUAGGGACCUGGAGUGCUCCAAAAUAGAUGUGACUUUUUAGGGGCUCUGAUUGCUGAGUCUGGUCUGGUGGGGUAGGACAUUUAAAACCUCAUGGGGGAAGAAAGGGUCUUACCAAGGGGAAACACAAAAGUUGGGGGCCACCCAGGGCAGCUGGAGCCCUAGCUGAGGUCUCCCCAUGCCGUAGUCGCCAGCCUGGGAGGCACGUUCUCUGGAAGCCCACACACCAGGCUGGCUGUCCUGGGGCAGGACUUGCCCCACCCUCUACCUGAGCCAGCAGUUCCUGCCGUCUUUUAAGCCCCUUUAUCCUGUGACUUAAGACCAUGAUGUUCUUCCUUACCACACCCAUGUGACAUGCAUGUGUCUCCUGGCUGAUGUGGCCAGACAGACCUGAUCCUUAGCUCUGCCCUGUCUCCUGCAUCAUUACCUGAGAUCAGAGCUUCUGUCCACUGUGAAGUAGUCAAAUGUGGGGACAAACAUGGAGGUAUGGCAGGACAGGUCCAGCCAUGGUCUCUCAUGCUGCCCGGUCUGCCCGUGUGAGCUGCAAUCACCACACCACCCAGCUGUGUGACCUCUCUCUCUCUAUGACUGUGGCCUGAACAAAACAUUGCUGACAUCAGACACACCAACUGUUUUCCUGUCCAAUCUCAUCUUUCCUAGUUGCUCCCUGGAAGCACAACACUGUCACCAGCAUGGCUGCAUGGCAUCUGUUGGAGGUAUGUGGCAGCCAUACCUCACCUCACUACAGCUUACGCUGGCCUUUGCUUUAUGUAAGCUAGUCCAUGAUGCUGACAGCCAGGUGGUGGAACCCACAGAAGUGGCCGAUGCCUGUUGACUCAACUGUAUACACUGUCCGUACCCCCGGGGCCUCCCAGUGGCACCUGAGCACUGCCUUGGCCCAUCCUGAAAAACACUCUCCUGGUGUCACAGCGAGAGUUGGGUCCUUGGUUCUUGUACCACCUUGAGAAAGAAUUCAAACAGCUCACGGAUAGUAGUAGCAGAAGCUAAACAGAUCUGCAUCCCCAGGUCCAGUGAAAUUUCACUGGAAGAAUGCAAAGCAGUCAAGACAGGAGUCACGAGAGAGCUCUUUCCUUGUCCUAAACUUUUCCCUCCUGACCCCAAGGUGGAGUUCUGAAGUUGGAUAACUUCAAGAGCCAUGUGACUUGCUGUCCAUUGCACAUGUCUCUGCCUAGAAGUUACCUGCAAAGUCCAUCGGGGUCAGAAUGGCAAUGCCAAUGACAUAGUUUAGUGAGCUUUAGUUCACUGGAGCUGGGGUCUGCCUGGCUGAAUCUAGUUCUUUCCCUAUUGUAUGUAUCAGAGGCAGCUGAAGCAUCCUUACCCUGGAAGCUGCAAGUAUAAAAUGCUAUAUUCCCAGAUUCCUGAAUUUUAA